AUGGAAAUUGCCCCACCAACGCCGUUGGAGAGAGAGAAAAUCUCAUCUCCUCCGGCCACCUCCACCGCCGCCCCCGGCGAAUCUCAGCCGCCGAUCCCCAGGCCCUCCGCCCCCAGAUCCCACCACGAGCCCGCCGGCCCCUACCCCACCACCAUUGUCCAGGCGGACGCCACCAUCUUUGAGCAGGUGGUGCAGAUGCUCACCCGCCCCUCCGACAACGCCAAACAGGCUGCCACUCUACCCGCCGCCCCCUCCGCCACCUGGGGCGGAAUGCAAGAGAUGUACGAGCGGCGGAACAGCCUAAAAAACAGGCUCAUGAUCAACACCCUGCUUCCAGCAGGCUUUUUGGCCCGGCAGCCCGGGACCCUGUCCCCGAGUAUUCUCGAUUUCCCGUCGCUCGCACUCAGCCCGGCAACACCACUGAACGCUAAAGAAGAAGCCUUCCAAGCUGUUAUUGAGCUUGUGAAGUCAUCAGACAUGUUUCAGGUUGACUUACUAGAUAUACCAAUUGUAGUGCAAUUGGAGAAAGAUGCAGAAUAUGUUCCUAUAUAUCAACUUCUGAAAGUCUUUCUUACUAAGAGGUCCAAUGCCUAUUUGGAUUUCUGUUCAUCAAAUUAUAGCAUAUUUGCCAAUUAUGGUAUGACUUCUUUUUGUCUCAUUUUUCUCUGAUUUUUAUCUGCGUGUAAACAUUAUUGAAGAUGCAUUCUGUAUAUUUUUAUCCCAUGGGACAAUGCGCAAGUCUUGUGCAUGAAGACUUGAUAUCUAAAAUGAGAUCGAUAUCUCGGGUGGAUCUUCAAAUAAAUGAAUCAGGUCAAAUUCCUUACUUCGGAAACUAUCCAGAUCAUGAAGUGGAUCCAUGGAUCGUCAACACAAUUUCGGCUAAGUUAACACACAGUUGAGCUCCGAAUUUUACAGGUCGAAGAUACUCCCAACUUUGUUGAAAGAUUUUUGCAGAAUGCUCGGAACAACUCUGGGGCUUUUGCUGGCACAAGAUUCAGUUUUUGGUAAUUACCGUUUCAUGAAAUGAGUCACAAUACUGUAAGUUGUUCUUAUCAUUUCUACCCCGAGUUUGUAUAUGCACCGCUCAAAUUUAUAUUUGAGGUUUAUUAAUCUGGAAUUUUGUCAACACAGUUACACAAUUAACAUCUGCUCAAGUUUUCUUUUUUGUCUCAUGCUCUAGAUUCGUUUUGCAUAUACUUCAUCUGGUUUCUAGGGUUUCAUUAUUAUUCCAUCAUAAGUGAAAAUCAAUUUUCUUCCCAUUAAGUUUAUACAAUCAUCAUUAGUUUUUGGUGCUAUGUUACUGCUAAUUGAUGGAUUUUGUUCUAUUUUUAAUCUUUCCAGGUAAUUUAAUUUAUUUG